AUGGGUGCCAAGGUACCUCGAAACUUCCGGCUGCUGGAAGAGCUGGAGAAGGGCGAGAAAGGCCUGGGUGCAGAGGCUUGCUCGUACGGCCUAGCCGAUGGCGACGAUCUGAUGAUGACGAACUGGAAUGGCACCAUCCUCGGACCUCCUCAUAGCGUGCACGAGAACCGCAUUUACAGCGUCAACAUCCAUUGCGGGGACCGGUAUCCUGACCUCCCGCCCACGAUCCAGUUCGUCUCGCGAGUCAAUCUGCCGUGCGUGGAUCAGAAGACCGGAAAGGUUGAUCCGUCGAGGUUGCCUUGUCUGGCGAACUGGAAGCGCGACUACACAAUGGAGACCAUCUUGAUCGAGCUGAGACGAUACAUGGCUCUGCCGCAGCACAAGAAACUGCCACAGCCUCAGGAGGGGACUACUUUCUAA